CAAAAACCAAUUCUAGAUUAUUUAAACAAAAAAUCAAAGUUUUUAAAAUUUACAACUUUCAAUCAACUUAAUUUAGUAAUUACAAUUGAAAACAUUCACGGUUGUGAUAUUCUGAAAUAGCUUUACACAUUGUUUCAAACCAAAAAUAUCAAAAUUGCCACAAAAUUCAAAUCAGUUGACGAACAGUCAUUAAACAAGAAAGAUGAAAUCAAAAACUCUUUUGACAAUCAGUGCAGUUUCAAUUUACGUGAUAACAAUUGGAUUAAUUGCAAAAAGCAUAAAAGAAGAUUUUGAUGGAUAUAACAACAGACAAACCUAUGGAUACUUCCGUUUCUGCUCAGAUGAUACAGAAAAAUAUUCUGAUGAUUAUUUAUUGAAUGAAUUUAAUAAAAGUAAAUCUGCAAAUGGAUUAAAAUAUAAUAACAUUAUAAUAUAUCGAGGAUAUCCAUUGUGUGGUGCGAUGGAGUUUAUACAUCCUAACGACAAUAUUACUUCAGAAAAUCGACCUUAUGAGUUUUAUCGUGGAUCCAUCUAUAUCAAACACGAACAGUUUAACUUUCGAAGGUAUUGUUUGGAAAAGUCUGAGUAUGAAAUUGAUGGCUGGAAAGUUAUGAUUUGCAAUCAAGAUGAGAAAAUUCAUAAAGUCUUCCACUUUUUCGCAAUUUCAAUCUCAAUAGUAAUAUUUGGACUAACGUUAGCCGCACACAUUUACUUCAAAGAGUUGCGAGAUUUUCAUGGAAAAUGUGCAAUUGCACUUGUUGCAAAUCAAAUUCUCACAUACAUUUUGAGCACAUGUAUUGAUUUAUACGAUUUUUUUUAUGAUGAUGACGAAGGUGAAAUUCUUUACAGAAUAUUACAAAUUUCAGUAAUGCACACUUUGAUAUGGAUUACUGUCAUGAUGGUCCACUCGUUGCUUAUAUUUAUAAAUUAUAAGAAUCGAACAACAGCACCUUUAAGUUUUUCAACUUAUGCUGUCUUGGUGGUUGCUUUUAUUGGACUUUCAGCAAUUAUCUUAUUGACACCAGUUUUUCGAUUUGGAUACAUAACUUUAUACACAGCAUGCUUAAUCAUCAGCAUUCUCAACAUUGUCUUUGUCCUUAUAACAGCGUUCAUUGUCUUUGCUUUAUCUCGACAUCCAACCUACUCCAUCCAAGCUAGAUAUCAUUAUGAAAGAAAAUUGUUCUGCACAACAGUGAAACUUGCUUUAAUUUUUUUGGUGACAUGGAUUAUAAAGUUUAUCACGAAUCAUUCUCCAUUCAAUUUAAUGAUGUUCAUUACUGUGGAUUCUAUGAUGCUUAUAACAGCAAUUACAAUUUGUAUAAUUUUGUUAGGUAGGAAAAAUGUCAAAACUUUGAUAUUUGAGAAAUAUCGAGGAAUUAAAAAUGUAGAAGAGAAAUGAUUUGAUGAUUAAUAAAGGAUGAAAUUCUGAUUUGUAAAUUAUAUAGAUUAAGGAGUCAAAUUUAUUUAAAAUUUUUAAGUUUUACGUAAGAGAAUAUGAAAUAAAAAUGAGAGUUUUUGAGC